GGAGGAAGGAAACAGCGCGCAAUUUAAAUCCGCAGGCGAUUGAAGAUUCACCGGGCAGCAGUCGGUGCAAGUGGGGCCGGGCUGGGAGCGGCGGCUUUGUCUGAUCCCCUUUGAACCAAGACUACUCCAAGAAGCGAAGAGUGAUGGCAUCUGUGUUCCAAAGUGUCGGGGCUACAACUGGCUGGAGGAGCCACCAGCUACUGGCUGACUUUGAAAAUGAGAGUCCAGUGCCUGACAAAUUUAGAAAGAAGCCUUCUUCAAGCUCUCUCAAUACCCUCCGCAUGUCUCUGAGAAAGCGAAUGCCCUUAAAGCAAGUGGAGAUGAACCUCAGUGAGAAUCCAACUUGGGAAAGUCUGGAAGCGAAAGAGAAGCGACAAACCUUCCGGGCUAUCACAAGAACAGCAAAAAAUGCUUUUGGAACAGUGUCCCAGAAAAUACAGAAGUCCUGCCAAAACCGCACGCAAUCGCUAAUCAUCUCUCCAGCUAAAGCCCCUGCAAGGAGAAGUGGCAUCACUUGCUCUGCCAAGAAGAGAAGCACUUCACCUCGAACUCCUAGUCGGAAGAAUAGACUGGCCACAAUGCCCACCCCAUUGUCUGGUCCCACUUGCACCCCUGGGUACAGCAGGAGAGCCUCCCUUUCAUCCAGAUCUGCAAAGAGCUUGGUGGGGAAAGAAUGGAGGAGUUUCUCUUACUGGCUUGGAAAAGAAGCUGUCCCUCUCCGGAGAUCAAGGAGAGCAGCAGCUCUAAAGAGCCCAUAUUCAUCACCUAUGCCUGCCAGCAGAAAGAGAGAGUUUGACUGCGAGUUAGACUCAGUCUCUAUGGGAAUUCGCCGGCUGAAACGUCUUUCUCAGGUGUUCGAUGAUGUCAUUGUGAGAGAGGAGAGAGAACAAGCGAUAUCCAAUUAUCAGCAUCUAAUGGCACAAAACUUGCGAUCUGUGCAUCUGUCUCGGAAACUCUCCCAAUCUGCUUUCAGACGGCGUGCGAGGAGGCUGCAGCAUGCAGUUGGCACUUGGACUGAGAUGGCUUUAAACAGUAUUAACAACGUGUGAGCAAAUGAAGGAUUAACUAUCUAUGGGAGUUGGAGGGGUGUAUUGUCUGUUUGGAUUUAAGUGACUGUGCUUUGAAUAAGCCAUUAACCAUUUUUAGAAUGCUACCUUUCAAUUCAGCUCAGGUUUAGCUUUCCAUGGAUUUCUCCUGCCAGUGGGGCAGGGAUUAUAUUAAAGUAUAUCACAUGACAACCCCUGUGGUAUUGCCCAGCAACUGAACUCACUUAACCAGCACUUUCAAAUGGGACAGGCAUGGUCCAGUGUAUUGAACUUUAGGGCUGAGCUAACUACUACUCAAUGAUUUUAAGGAAAGACAAUAGUAUCAGUGUCUGACUCCUGAUCUGUGACAUUGGGGAUACUUGCUUCCUAUACCUCCCUCAUGAGAUGUUGAGGACUUUAAGUUUCUACAGAGCUUUGGAAACUAAAAAAGCACCAAUGCCUAUGCUUUUCCAAAGUGCAUGAAUUUCAUUGAAUUUCAAUGGGAUUUAGUGGCCUUAAGUGCUUCUGAAGACUUUAUGCUGUGUGCCAAAACCAUAGUCUACAAAAUGGUGUCUGGCUGUGAUUUCAGUUACUGUGGGUUGACAUGGGGGGCUAAAUAAAAAUCAUGGAAUUCUGUAGUUACUCCAGAGUGACACUGGAGUUAAAGAAAUUACUGCCAAAGUGAAUUAAGAUAAAUUGAAUCAAGGCAACUGUUUAAUCCAUGCCUUUGGUUUGUUCAGAUUAGCUCUCGGAAAGGUGCCUGUGUAGAUAAACCCUAGGUGAUUGAAGUCAGAAUGUGUGAUGCCCCCUGCACAGUUCACAGGGUUCAACUAACUAAUGUAUCUAUUCCAUUUUAACUAGUUUCAUUUUGAACUGCUAACAGUUGAGGCUUCAUUUGUCUUUCAUGCUACUACUAUAAGACAUCUCAACGGUGAGGUAAAUAUUGCUCUUGGAACAUGUACACACAACUGAAGACACUAACAGUUAAUAUACUAAAGUUGGAAGUAACACUUGUUGCUUAUUAUAAUGUUUAUUUUUGUGCAAUGGCACUAGUUACGUGUUUCUAAUAGCUUUUUAUAUCAAAAUAAGAAUGUCAGGCUCUAUAAUAGAGGUAAUCUUAGUUUAGCAAAAUAUUAAUUCUCUAACAUUUCAACAAAGCGAAGGAGUCCUGUUUUCCAUAAACUUCUAGAACUCGGCCCCAAUGCUGUUCCUUGAGCUGUAGCUUUUUUCUAAAGAGAAUAAGUAAACAAAGGGGUGUUUGUUGUCUUUAAAGCAAUCUGAGUCGGUGUGCCACUACAAAAUAUUGACAUUUAGAAGGUUUAAUCUUUAUGGCUGUUUAUAUGAAUUCUGUUGCCACUUACUAUUGGCUACAAUAUUGCCCUGCUUCAUUCUCCCUAAAAUAUUUUAGUGGUAUCGAAGUCCAAAUUUUGUAAGCAAUCCUGCCUGAAUGCUGCUCCAGCUAUAUUUAAAUUGAGAUUUACUUACCUUUUUUUUUUUUUUUGCCUGUUGACAAACCAGACUGUUUAAAAGGUAAAAUUUUGUAACACUGGGCUGGAACCCCUUCCUAUUUGGAUUUAAAAUGUAGAUAAGGGUUAUUGUUUUAAGCCAGAGGAGAGCUUUUAUUUGAAGUUUUACUUGUAUGUACUGAUCCUUGACAAAAUAGACUUUUCAUAAUAGUGAUGUCUUGUUGAAUGCUAUUUUCAGACUCCCUGCCACUGCCCCUUUUUAAGAAAAACCUCAACCCCCAAUUACCAUUCACCUUGUAAGUGGGAGAAAUGUUUAUUUUUGUCAUUUUUCUCAGUGCACACACAGCAUUUGUAUCUAUUAGGUUUUGACUAAUUAAUUAAAAUCAAGGGGACUGCCCGGGGUGUGUAGCUAAGGGACAAAGAACCUGCAUUUUGGAAAAAUCCUGCCCAUCUCCUUUUUCUGCUUGAAGCUCUGCUGGCAAUGCUGCCUUCCAGCAGGUGAGGAUCUAGAGUUCUCUAUUUUGACUAAGUGCAUGGUAGAUACAGCUGCUCAAAACUAACAUGCCAUUUGGUAGGUCUUGGAAUUAUACACCUGAUCAACUUGUUCAGAAUGGGUACAAUGGCCGGGGAGCUUUCCCACAGCAAUGUAAAGAAAAACCCACAACGCUGUCCACUUAAAGGCAAAGAAGGUUUUUAUUUAAGUGACUAGCUUUUUAUAAGAUUUUAAAAACCAGCUCACAUCAAAAUCUAGACCAGUUGUAAAAAUCUUACUCCUUAGUUCAUAU